UCCCAUUCAGGCAUCUUGCACUGUGCCAAUGCUUUAUUUGACUGGCAGGUUGACAAUGAAAAUGUCAAUAGAUGGAGGAAGGAGUUUCGAUUACCAAGGCAUCAUCACCAUUGUUAACAUUGUCAAAUUCAAGCCGGCUGUCGUACGGCAUAUGGCGAAGACGUGGUCUGAACAAGCUGAAGCUCAGAUUUCAUGGGAUCCAGCUUACCUCGGGGGCGAGAAUCAAAGAGUAACUGUUCAGUUGGCUCGUUUUUCUAUGAAAGAUGACGGACAGGUGGUUUUUCAUAGCACAUUCAAUCUAGUGGCAGGUCAGGAAAAUGACGGAACCAGUCUGUUCCUUGUACCAAAAGGGGCAGGUCAAGGAACAAUAGCUGGGGGUGACCGCUUUGUCACACUGGUUCUGGUAAAAAGGAUUUCUGGCAAUUUCAGCAAUUCCCCGGCCGAGUGGAUCUGGAGCGAUCCAUUCCACUGGUUGAGCUAUGAGAUGGCUGAACAGAGAUGUGUGCACUGGUAUGACAAGCAGCCUGAUCCUGAGAUAUACACAGAUGACACCUCCCUCCUAUCCUGCCCGCAAACGUUUCUUCAAGCGAUGGCGGAUCGCGGUAGAUUUAUGUUAGACGAAUACUGUAAUCCAGAUGUUGAGCAACACUGUGCUGUAUACCGCAAGGAGGCAACGCAUUGCUUUAGCACUAACAAUCCAAGUGAAGAAGGUGCUGGACAGCAGUGUUGCUAUAAUGAACAAGGAAACUUGAUGAUUGGUCCAAAAAAUGGGGGAUCCCUGAGUCGGGUUCAUAUUAGUGUUGGAGUGCCGUUUCUCUCUCAUUUCUUCCACGACCUGAUGCCUUAUUCAGACUGUUGUGUAUUGUCUGAAAACUGUGGAAAGUACUUUGAGAAGAGACCAUCAGAUAACGGCAUGAACUACGAGCCUCCACGGCCAGCCACUGGAAUCGGCGAUCCUCACAUGGUUACUUUGGAUGGAGUUGAAUACACCUUUAAUGGUUAUGGCGAGUAUCACAUUCUCCAGGUAGCACCUUCUGGGUUCAAGCUACAGGGAAGAAUGCAGCCUUUGAUCAAUAGUUACGGCAGAAAGACUCAUGGUACAGUUUACAAGGCGUUUGCGAUGAAGGAAAAUGGCUCGGAUAUUGUACAGGUUCACAUGAACGGCCGCAGUGAAGUUGACGUUCUGGUGAAUGGAGCUUUGAUAGAAUCUGAUGAGCGACUGCUGGUGGAUUUUAAUGGCGUCACAGUUUUAAAAUACAAUAACUCUUAUAAAUAUUCCACCAUAUUCAACUCUGGCAUAUCAGUUACAAUCGAGAAGGCCGAUGAACUUUUACAAAUGAUGCUGCUGGUGCCACAGAUGUAUAAAGGAAACACAAGUGGCCUUCUGGGAUUCUGGGACGGGGACCAAGUAAAAGAAUACCUGCUUCCUAACGGAACCUUCCUUGACACUAAUUCAAACCAAUCACGAAUUCAUUACGAAUUUGGACAAAAAUGGGCUGCGACUGAAGAGGACUCAUUAUUCACAUACGAUUAUGGCGAGAAUCAUAACACUUAUGUCGAUGUGGGAUACAUACCGGUAUUUUUCGAUCAGGAUUUGAUUUUUGAUGACGUAAUCUUCGGUCAGAAGGCUCGAAAUGUGUGCGGUAAUAACAAGCAAUGCCUGUUUGAUAUUUACACCACUGGAAAGAUCAGCAUUGGGAUGAAUUCUAAGAAGGCCUUGGAGUCGUUUGCUGUGGUCGUAAAUGAAAUAGAGACCCCAGGCUGUAUACCAAUGGAGAACGUACUUCGCAAUGGUUUAAUGCAAAGAAAGGAUUCUAAAGAUGGAGCCAUGCUAUUCAAGUUCCAUUGUGACACAGGUUUCAGUCUCACAGGCCCUUCAGUUAUUCGUUGUUAUCAAGGACAGUGGAAUGGCUCUAAACCAAGUUGUGAACCAUCAGGUACGAAGAGGAGCUGGAAACUGUGGUAUGUCCUCGCUUCUGCCAUAGCAGGGAUCGUACUCAUUGCAGUGGUUAUUGUGGUCUUCUGUUGUAUUAGACGGAGAUGUAACAAUUCUGACGCCAAUGAAGUACGAGAAGCUUCACAAAUUGGACAAAAGAUCAACGCGGACUUGACUUUCAACAACCCGGCUUAUGUAUCAUGCAACGAUCUGAAAUCAGCUUGACAAUAUACUCUGCCUCGUAUAUCAUCAUAUAAUCAAAGGAAAGAGGCUUGGAAAGCAAGAACAAUCAUCAAAGAAAUGGAAACAAGGAAUAACGAUGCUGAAGUUUAGGUUGGGAGCUCCCUAAUCGAGAUUAGUCUUUCGUCUUUUUCACUAUGACAGAAUAAACUAUUGCACAUUUUGCACGGUCAGGUCAAGAACACCUUAUAACAACCUUUAAGAAAGAAAUGUGCUGGCUCUUCCCACCCUUUUUCCAGUCACGUCUACGUACUUAGAUUGUAAUUUAACAUCAGCCCCUAACAAAACUAAUAUAGUGUGAGUUGGCCAACUGACUGGAAAUAGCACAUUUAUCACCUUUAAGUUAGGAAGGAACUAAACUUCUGUAAGCCACCAUCACCUUUAUUUGAAUUUAACUUCAUUUUUGGA